AUGAGUGGAGGCGCGAGAGGUCAACUUCAGACGAUGUCGCCGUCGGCUACCCGUCUCGUCGACGUGGAUGAGGCGGUCCGCAUUCUUCGCGCAGCGUGUCAGCGUCGAGCGAGCGCAGACGCCUUGGCACCACUUGUGCAGUCGGCUCAGCACUUGGCCUCGAACUGCACGCCAGCGUUGUUUUCCAGCGUUCUGGAGGCCUGCGAUGCCACGACGGCGGUGGAGGCGGCGCCGAAGAAGCUGACGAUGCUCAACGCAGCGUGGAAACUGCUUCUCACGAUUGCUACGCAGGAGGGGGUGGAGCCGGCUUACUACAGCGCCGCCGUCACGCACAUGGUCGAGCAGCUUCGCUGUGGCGUGCUGACGCAUGACUGGAGCGACACCAAGCGCGUUCGUCUGGCCGCGUUCUUUGCGUCGCACGUUGUAUCCACGGUUCGAGCCCAUCCCCAGCUGCUACUCCUCCGCACACCAGACGCGACAGCCGUGAUUGGCCAGCUCGUACGGCUGUACUUCGCCGUAUGUGUGACGGUGGCGACGAGUACACUGGACACAGAGGCAGUGUCGCUGCUUUACGACAACAUUGUGGUACGCCUCCACGCCGUCUUCGACUGUCUUGGUAACGCCGCCGCCGCUUCUACAGCAAGUGUACACAGCAGCGAGCCAGAAGCAGAGGCAGCAUGCAGCGCUGAGGAGGCGGACGGGAACGGCGCUGCAUCGUCGGUGGCGCGUGGCGCAGCCACUUCGGGACCUUCAGCUGCACUACCACCACAGCAACGCUGCGAGAGUCCAUCCAGCGUGGUGGAGGAGCUGCUGACCCACUGCGUAUCGACGGCAGUCGCACGGGAGGUGGAGGAGGCGGCGGACGGCGGGGUGACGGUGCGCAUGGCACUUGCCACUGCCGCACUCAGCCUAUAUCUGCAUGUCGUGCGAGGCGCGCUGGAGGCGACCUCGCCUUCUGCCUCCGGCACCGGUGCGGGCUCGGCGAAGCAGGAGGGUGAUCCCGGCCAGCGAGAGGCAGAGGAGGAUGAAGCGGCGACCGCUGAAGCGACGCCCGCGCAGGCGUCAAGUUGGCGACGGCUGACCCCACGCGGAACGCAAGAGCUGGUUAUGAAGAGUUUGAUGUGGUGGACGCACUGCACAGCCGAGGAGGGGCAGGCGCACACCUCCGUGACUCGAGCUUCUCUGCUACGGGUGGAGGUGCUCACGUGGGCAGCUGCACUGCCGCCGGAUGUUUUCUGCUCUGAAGCCUCAGAUGCGUCAUCAGCAGUGCCUCCCAUGUCGCUGCGCGCGCUGUGGACGGACAGGCUUGCCACCGUGUGGCAACAGUGGCUUUUUAGCGUGCGCGACGCGCCCCAGCAGAGCAAUGAGCCCAGUCGCGCAGGUGCUGCAGGGUCUCUGCGCGCAAGUGAAUCUCACGGAGUGGAAGCCAUGGUGGCAGCGGCGGAGCUGGACACAUCAGGGUCCCGAGACGGAAAAACUGAGUCGCAUGUAGUUGUCGCCAAGAGUACGCACUUUGCUUCUCUCCUCCUGUCGUCUGUCGCCGGCACGCUUCACUCCUCUUCGGCUGCCUUAAUGGUGCUGGAGGCGUGGGCGGAGCUCUUCCGUCGAGCGGAAGAGGCAGUGACCGACGUAGCAUCCGCUGCACGGUCUCCGGGUAUACCCUCCACCACUGAGGAUGCAGCGACAAUCGUACAUCUGCUGCUGCGGGUAUUGGCUGAUCUUCGCUGUGGGGCAUCUUCACUCGUUGAGGGCCUCUUGCGGCUGCAGCGACACGAUUUCCGGGAUGGCAGGUGCAAGGCUGGCUCAGAGCAACCGGCGGACUUCGGGAGCGCACAUGCGAUGGCUGCAAUACCGCUUCAAUGGAUCUGCGCAGCGGUAGCGCUACUGGCCUACGGAGAAGAGAUGCUAGGGUUGCAUUCCCCACGCGCCGCAGCGACAGCUGGAGUAGAGUGCGUAGGUGAGGUUGACGGUGCGGCGGGUGCCAGGGUGAUCGCGCACUUAACGGCGGUGAUGCGGGCACACAUUACCCCCCAACUUUGCGCGAGCAAGGUGAGCGAGAUGGCAACUAUCACCGAAACGUCAGCAGUGACCGACGCCACAACGCAGAUGCGUGAACUGCUCAUAUCUGUGCGGCAGCACGCGUCUACCGCUGGGACAGGGAGGACCUCGGCGCCCGCAAAGCUCGCCCGACGUGCCCAGCCUGCCUUGUUGCUCCUGGGUGUACCUCGUGCAUGGCGCGCUCUUGCCGUUGCUGUGGCGCAGCAGCGACCUAAUGCCCCGGCCGAUGCGGGCGGGGCGGACGCCGCGGAGCGUUGCGCGAUGGAGCUGAAGACAGUAUUGCUGUCUCUUGCGCCGCUACUCGCCUCUCUGACGCACAUCCUGCAGUCGCUAGAAUGUGAGUCGGAUCUCUCGAAGGCGAGCGAGGGGUCGGAGCUGCCAUCUGGUCUACCUUACGCUCGCGUGGCACGCUGGGUGGCCGCGCGGCUGCUGGACGAGGUCGCCGUGGUGCCGCUGACGGACAGCCCCGAGGACGCAGUGUUGGUUGCGUGCGUGCGUCGAUGGACGGACCUUGCCUUUGCAAGCGGACCUUGUACUGUAAGCGAGGGCUCCGCGGCUGUGCGCACCGACGACCCUGUCGCCCUCGCAGACGCUGCUGCUGCGCUGCUGCACGUCUUGGAGUGCACGACGCUGCCGCUAGAGAAGCUGCACCUGUCCGAGCAUGCCACCCACUCACUCAUGGAGCUCCUACAAGGUGACGAUGGAAGUAUAUCCGGAGAGGUCGACAAGGUGGGAGGCGAUGACGAUGCUGAUGGUCGCUGCCCCUCUUGGCCUGCGCUGUGGCGCCGCGAGGCAGUGCAGUGGUGCGAGAUGGAGAAAUGGCUUCUGGCCCGUCGUCGCGCUAUGGAGGAGGGCGAACAGGCAGAGGAGUUGGCGUCGGCGCCAACGCUGGCGGAGGCGCUUCACGCGGCACCUUUGCACAUGGACGCGACGGCGCCGCCCUCGUCUAACGAGGACCUGCGCCGAGGUCUCCUGUAUUGCGAGGCCGUGCUGCGACACCUUCAAGCGCGCGAUCUGGUCUUCCUCAACGAUACCGAGAACCCGAGCAAGUGCCGCAAGACCGAAAACGGCGAUGACGCGCAGGCCGAUGUCGCGGCUGUUGUGCAAAGCGUGGAGCGCAUUCAGGAGCUGGGCCGCGCCUUCUUGCUGCGUGCUGGAAAUGCAAGCGGUCCCGCUACUAGCGGUUCAACUGCUGCGGUCGACGGAGCCCCCCUUCCACCACCGCUCCCUGCCGCGUCUCUCAAGGCGUCGGCGCCACCGGGCAGCGAGGAAGAAACCUGCCGCGACGUUCCCGUCAUCACACCGACAGACACGGAGUCGGUCGGGUGCCGUCGCGUGCCGUUGCCUGCGCAGGUGAUCGACGUGGAGUAA